AUGACGUCUACACAAUGCGAGCUGUACAUGUAUACCCCUAGCCUUGCUCUGGCAGUAGUGGCAGUUAUUGUUUUUGCAGUCUUGACAACUGCUCAUCUCCUCUACAUGAUUCGAGCUAAAGCAUGGACCGGUAUAUUUUUUGUCCUUGGAGGCCUUGCGCAAAUGUCGGGAUACACAGCGCGCUUGUUUUCAUCGCAAGACCCUUGUAACCGAGUCGCCUACGGCUUCCAAUCCGUUUUAUUAUUAUUGGGACCAAGUUUGAUAAUGUUCUCGGUCAAUCUGACAAUGACCGACUUUACUCGAACACUCAGCGCGACGAGGUUUUGCUGGGUUCCAAUUGAUUUGCAACAACCACUAUACCUCACUAUCAACACAGUCUUGAUUAUCAUUCAGACUGUCGGAGGUAUAAUGACAGUUGCAUCUCAGUCUUUGGAGAGCAUAGAAGUUGCUUCCAAAAUGAGCAUUGCAAUUUUUGUAAUUCAAUUGGUGUUUUGGCUGUUCACACUUGCCGAAAACAUCUACAUGUCGAUUUGCCUGCGCCGCCAUCCGACAGAGGCCAGCAAAACGGCUUUUCCACGUUGGAAAAAUUGGAACCAGCUUUUUGGACUUGCAAUUUCCAUCAUUGCAGUCGGUCGCAAUAUUGUGCGGUUGACUAUGGAUGGUGGAAUCGCCUUUCUCGUCGAGAAUGAAUGGCCAUCGUAUGCAUUCGACGGCUAUCAGAUGGUGGUGGUUCUGGGCGCUUGGGCGAUCUGGUAUUUGCCGGGCAAGUGUCGAGACACGACAGAGAUGGGACUCGAGGGAUUCCAGAGACAGCAGGAACCAAAGGAGACAUUCGAGAGAUUCGAGGGAGACAAGGACCCAGAGAAGACAUAG